ACUUUGAUCCGCCUUUUGGUCUUCUCUCAUGGCGUCGGAGUCAUGGUUGGUGGAGAGGGCGAGGGAGGAGCUUGAAAAUCUGGAAUCCCUGCAUCCCACCCGAUUCAAGUAUCUCAAGCUCGAGCUCAAGUCCCUCAUCUCCCAACCCCACUCCUACGUUGUUGCUGUUGACGAGGAUAGCUCAAGGCCUCCUCCUACCACUUCUCCUGCUCCCACGCAAGUGUCGUCUAAUCGGAAGAGGAAGACUGGGCGGAGUGACAAUGAUGACGAUGAGCAGGCGGAGCAGCGUCAGAAGAAGCAGGCGCAGAAGCCAUUGUCGGCAUCAGGACGAAGGGGCGGUGGCGAGGGCUGUAUGAAGAGUGAGAGCAGCGGGGAGAUGGCCAUGAGACGCGCCGAGGCGUGCCUCAGGAGGAUUCAACAGCUUAAGCACAGCUUGUUUUGUUAGCUCAAGCAAAUCUUGUUAAGGUGCCACACACACAGCAGCAGCUACCCGACGAUUGAUUAUAUAUGCACACAUGCGAAUGGAUGGAGUUUUGGUGCGGACUCGGACCCUUUAAUCUCACUCUGGUAGCAUAUCUCAUGCAUGUGAUCACAGGAGAACAGAAAGUAUGUUGAUACCUAUGACCAAGAAACUGUUAAGGUAAAAGUUAGUG